GAGUGUGAGACAGUGUAUAUAGUGUCGUCGAGGAUCUGAGUGUAAAUAUUGUGUAUAUAUUGUCUGAUGAUCACUGUGACUACCCCGUCAGAGCUGUACAAGUCACCCUCUCGUCAUGGAUGUCCCCUUUGAGAGUUUUGCCUUACUCAUUCAUCGACUUGGUCAUCCGCCUAAAGUAUCUAGUCGACCUACGGGAGAGAAAAUCACUUUGACACCUUCGAAAAUCUUUGCCUCCUGGCUGGCCCAUCUUCCAAGACCUUUUCCCCCCUACACGGGGAAACACCUGUUUCGACUUUUAUUCCCGCACGAGGGUUCCAGGAGGAGGUAUGGGAAUCGAGAACAUAUCCUCGCCAAGGAUCUAGAGAAGAUCCUCGGGGUGUCUGGUCUGACAAGAUGGGAUAGUGUACAAUGGGGUGAACAUGGCGGUUCUGGUUGUCUAGGGAAAGAAGUGGAAUUCGCUUGUAAGGAUCGUUCAUCAAGCUCAGAAGGAAGAUCUCAAAUCAGUAUACGAGAGGUUGAUCAAUUGCUCGAUCAACUAGCGGCUACUUCUUCCUUUUCACAACUUUCUCAACAACCUCUACCGUCCUCUCGUACGGAAGUUUUGACAAGACUUUUUCGAUAUUCUGGUCUCUCACCUUAUGCUAUGGCAGUCCUAACUCAAGUCAUACUACGUGAUCUUCGACCUUUACUUAAUCCAUUACCCAAGAUGUCCGUGCGCAAUCCCACCGCGAUGUUGAGGAUCAAAACUACCGCCGCUCCUGCUCAAUUAGAGUUGUUUGAUGCGAUGCGACAAUGGGAUCCUCGGAUGUUGGAAUUGUAUCGUUCCGGGAUUGGAAGUUUGGAUCGAUGUGCCGAUUUAGCGGAGAAGAGUCGUAAUGCUUCAGCAGGGGAUAUCGGAACUCCUGUGGGACCGAUGGUGGGAAUAAACGUCCAAAUCCCGAAAUGUCGGAAAGGACGAUCGAUUGAUGACGCCCUCAACGUCUUUUUCGACGAAAGGCGGGGUGUUGAGCGCCCUGGGGCAGUCUGGGCGGAGACGAAGUAUGACGGUUAUAGAAUGCAGAUCCAUGUGGAACUGAAUCUAAAUGGUGAACCUUGCAUCACCAUCUUCAGCAAGUCAAAACGAGAUAGCACUCAUGAUCGAAUCAAUACUCACAGUAUCCUGUGUGCAACUCUUGGCUUACACACCCCGGAUCAUCUGCCCGUACAUCCAACCUUGGCCGAGCGCAUGGAAGGCUUGCCGCUUGUGAAACCUUCCGUACGAAAAUCGGUCAUAUUGGAGGCAGAAGUAUUGCCGUACAACGAGGGACAGAGGGAAGGGGGACGAGGUCCUGGAUUGGAGGAAUUUUGGUGGCUAGGUGCAGCGGGUGUGACUGCAACGGACAAGAUUCAAGGCCGUGAUUGGAGAGACAGACGCAGACAUCUUUGUUUGGCUUUUUUCGACGUCUUAUCAAUCGACGGUGAGAGUUUGCUUAGAGAGUCGUAUGAUGUCAGAAGGAAAACACUGGAAAGGAUUGUUCGUCCCAUACCCGGCUUUGCAUUCGUGGCAGAACGAACUUUGAUAUCAAUGACUUUCGGUAGACGGAUGGCCUCGGCGGCUCUUGAAGUAGCUUUCAGGAAAUGCUGUGACGAUCACCAAGAGGGCCUCAUUCUCAAAGCCGCCGGAUCGACUUAUAUCGGUAUGCGCUGGCCAUGGGUCAAGCUCAAGAAAGAUUAUAUCCCUGAUCUCGGUGAUUGUAUCGACCUCGUCGUCCUCGGAGCUGGUUGGGAUUUAGAUCGUGCUAGAGAACUGAGAGUGGAUACUUCCGUCUUCACUACCUUCUACAUUGGUACUUUGACCGACUCGGAUAAAGUCAAGCGUCGAGAAGAGAUACCUCAUUUCGAAAUCCUUUUUCGUGCGUCUUACGGGCCCAACAGGGAUACGCUGGAGAUAUACAACGAAGCUAUUCGACAUGGGAGAUGGAAGACCAAGUCGUAUGAUAAGGAUGAUCGUCUCAAACGGGCAAGUCGUAUUUCCUACAUCAUUAGAUUACUCGGCCUAUCAUGGUCUUACACCCUUCCAAAUGGUAUUCCACCACCAUCGGUCUUAUUCGAACAACCUCUUUGUGCAGAGGUGAUGGGUGCCGGCUUCCAAAAGCUCCCAGGAGGGUUGUACGAACUCCGUUUUCCACGUCUUCAAAAGAUCUAUGAUUCUCGAGAUCGACCAUGGAUCGAUGCUCUCGACUCAAAGCAACUUAUUCGAACCGCCCAUGACGCUUUAGGCUAUGCGACCACUGUGGUAUCGCAAGAAGAUUCCCUGGAUCGAGCAUGGCGUUCAUCUUCUCAAUACGUGAUAGACAUUCCUGACUUCCCUACUCCAUCACCUCGAAAACUCCCUUUCUCUCCAACGAGAGCAUACUCCGUCCCUUCGAUAUACAAGACUUCUCCUCCCACUCCGAUUCGUUCCACUCCUGUUCCAUCGAGGAGCUCUCCUCUGAAAAGACCGUCGGAAGCGGCUGCACGACUUCAAGACAUCUUACGAACCCCCGAGAAACGAAAAGAGACAUGGGAACCACUUAGCAGUCAUGGGAAACGUUUGAGACUACUUUCACCACCGGCAUUGACUCGAAAGAAGAGGGUCAAGAGUCCAGACGAGGAGAUAGAGAGUUGGGAAAGUUUUCCGAAUAGGGACAAGAGAGCAAGACCGUUGAUUCGGGAUUUCCCAUUGCCUGAUCCUCCACGAGCGGAGGACUCGGUUUCUGAAUUCCCUACUGGACUCAGUCAACUCUUGCCGUCUGAGAGCGGAUUGGGACUCCGUAUGACAACUCUUCAACCUGAAUCGUUAAGAAAUGAGCGGGUGAGGUCGGGGAAGGAGAAGGAGAAGAUGGGGAGGACUUUGGCACAUUUGGCCUUGAGGCCAUUGUCGAUUCGAUCUCGAUUACGAAUGGCUAUGACGGUGACGACGAAGGGGUGAUGCAUUGAUACACUGUUU